AUGGACAUGAAGUCGACUGGUCAGCCCGUCGGCUCUCCACCACUUUCGAAAGAAUCUCCGGUGAUGUUUGAAGUCACACUUCAUAGUGCGAUCAUUACAACGAAUGAAACGGGGGUCUACUGUGUUUGCAAACAUAAGAACGUGAAGUAUCGGACGAAAACGACAAGCUCCAGUAAUCCGAAGUUUGAAGAAACGUGGAAGAUUCCCAUUCCCGAGAAAUUUCAGACGGUAACACUAGAAGUGUGUCGCCACACUAUAGUCUCAACUAAGGUCAUAUUGGGAACUGUUUUACUCACAACCACCACUUUAGUGCCGAACACCCCACUGACAGACUUCUUUGAAGUCAAAACCUCAAAUUCUGCGAUUGGGAAAAUUCUAUUGACCCUCCUCUUCAGAGUCCCUGAAGAUGAAAAUGCGACGAAGAAACGAUUUGAUUUGAAAUCGACACAACUCUCACAACUGGAAAGCUCGUCUCACCUGCAAUCAGUCCACAGGAAGAAGUUUUUACAAUCCACCGUGUCGAGCGGUCAAAACACAAUUGUGACGAACGGACUGUUCUCUGCAGUCUUCACGUUGGGGACUUUUGAUAUAGUCGAUGACAUCAAUCAGUUCAUGAAAACAAGUACCGCGACGUUUAGUUCAAUAGAACAGAUUGGACUGAGUGGUGCCGUCACCAGUUGUUACCCACCCAAUACGGGGAACAAAUUAGUCCCCGUGAAUCUCUGGAACUUCUGCUUUGGCGAUGGCCUUCGCUUGAAACGAAGAUGUCCACCGGAGGAGUUUAUACCUUUUGUAAUAACAGACGCCGAUGCGAAUACGAAGAACGUCUGCUUUUUAGUGGUCUACUCGCCACUUCCCAAACACGUGAUAACUCAAAUCAGGAACGUGAUACCUAAUAUCCCCGAUGUGUUAUAUUGUCCGUACGCGUUGGGUGUCACAAGUCCAUUUCCUAUUCAUUAUACCAUGCGGCGGUGGUUAUGUGGUGUUUUAUCGAACAAAUUAAGUCGCUCUGAAAUAGAGGAAGAGUGUAAAAAGGUGAUCUUCGACACACCAAAGCCGGUCCACGGAAGGACCCGACUUGUUACAUUUGAGAGACUGAAGUUCUCAAGUGAGAUCCACUUGCCAGAGGUCAAUAGUCUUCCCCUCUUUCCUACCCGAAUUUCUCCGUUGUUUAGUACAUUGGGGAUUGAUGGUGUUCUCUGUGUCUUUCUUGCACUUCUUGAGGAUGAAAAGGUCAUAGUGACGAGUCACUCGAAGAGUCAUUUAGUGUAUUCCAUAGAGAACAUGAAGUCGAUGAUCUUUCCAUUAGAGUGGUGCAAUGUGUGUAUAGAUAUACUUCCAUACUCUCUCCUCGACUUCUUAUCAUCACCAAUGAAUUAUUUGAUAGGGGUUCCCUCAGAGUAUAUUGAUGAAGCGGAGCGGAUGGUAGAAUUUGAAGAAGUCGUACUUGUUGAUAUUGAUCGUGGUGUAGUGAAGAAGCGUGGGAAGACAAAAGAUGUUCCAGAAGAAGUGAAUGUGUUGUACGCCAAUUUAAGACGCGUUUUGAAGUCACAAGAGUAUACAAGUUACGAAGACUUGAGUAGAGACACUGACGAGGACUUAUCUGAGGUAGAUCAGACUCGAAUAGAUAUUGGUGUUCGGAUAUGUCUCUUUCAGUUCAUUAAUGUGAUGUUACAGAGAUAUAGAAAUUAUGUUGGGUAUUCGUGGGUAGCUGACAAGGAAGAGAUGGUCUUUUCUAAUGAAGAGUUUCGAUGUAAUCAGCCUGUCGACCGUGGGGAUCUCUUAAAGAAUAUGUUCACCUCACAAACGUUUCAAUAUUUCAUUCAAACAUAUCCAAAACGGUUCCACCACGUCUUCGAAGACUGGCAGAAGAACAAUUAUUACUUGAAAGCGACAGAGCAACUUAUCGAAGAGUACCAAAUCCUAUCUGAGAAUGAACGCAUAGUAGAAAGUGAUCGAACAGCAGUACAAAAUACACCCAAAUUUGACAUCGACUCAUUACGUCUUGAAAUGAAAAUUUCAAAAGACGGGCAUUUACAGAGGCGCGAUGAAGAAGAGGAGAUUCGGUAUAUCAAUCACUUAACUCCACAAGCAAUGAAUCAAGAGAAAGUCGUGUUUAAUAACGACUUGAUCCAAUUCUGUGACAUUCAAAUUGGUCUUAUCGCAAUGAUGAAUGAAGGAAGUACCAAUGGCUUAGACACCGAGUUACUCUUUUCCUUCUUAUCUUCAAUGGAAGGGCGGAAACUUUUUCUUGAGCGGAUGGUUGGGAAGUAUCAAUCGUUUUGUGUGAAGAAAGAAGUCGGCCGUGUCACUGAAAAGGUGUUUCUGCUGAUCGGCGACAUCCUUCGACAAGCCGCGAAGUACGCUUUGGCGCAGAAGGACUUUGUGACGCCGCGGCGCGUGAUCGAGUGCGGGACGACAUUUUGGAAGAUCGAGAAUGAGAAGCGGACUGAUUUGAUGAAUGUAUUAACGGGCAUUGAUGUAUGGGAAGAGAUAGAAGUGUGGAACAACAUGUUUAAUGAUAUGAUGUGGAUAGAUAAAGUCCGGAUUUAUAAGACUUAUGAUCAGAACUAUAAAGAGGCCUGGACAAAAAUGAAUGACGCCGAGAAAGACCGCUAUCGCAAAGAAGAGGUCAAAGGGGUUAAAGUGACUGUACGGCGAAUUCUCUGUUACAUGAAUGUCGUCGGCGUGAAGGAAAAGACAGUCAUCAAGUUUGUUAGAUAUGCUCUCGGAAGGCUUCGCCUCGACGAAGAUUUCAGAAAAGAAAUUGAAGAAAUGGUUUUGGCUGUCUGUUCAAUAGCUACAGACAGCUCAGGAUAUGAAGACUCCCUUAAUGUAAAGAUGAGGAAAAUUUAUGAUGAAGUCUAUUUAACUCAGGGUUGA